UGUGUGACCUCAGGAGGCGCUGCUGGGCUGCCGCUCUGUGAACUUUGUUCUAGUAGUAAAUGGGCGUGUUUCCUCUCCGGGCUUCAGUCCUUUGAGUUAUUAUUCCUCAGGAAGGAAGAAGGACAUGGAUUCAGGUCUGACAGGACUGCACUACAUCUGAGCGACAGCUGCUCUUUAAGGGAAUAUAAGGUGGAGAUGGAGGAUUUCUGGGCAUCGGCCCUCUGGGCUCUGAAGAUCUGGCUGUACAUCAUCAUCAGCCUCAUCAUGUUCCCAGCCAUGUUUGGCUUCUCACUGGGCAUUUCUGAGACCUACAUGAACAUCCUGGUCAAAACAUUAGAGUGGGCCACUCUGAAGAUACAGAAAGUCUUUGCAGAUGAACAAACACUUAAUGCUUCUGCAUCUAAUGGUCUCAUACAGAGGGAAGACGGCUCUAUGGAGAAACAUUUUGAGGAGCUCAGACUCAGUCGUCCCAAACCACCAGUGGGCGGUGAUUUUACACUUAGUGACAGCUUCUAUUUCACCCGGAGAGGCAUUGAGAGCAUCGUAGAGGAUGAGGUGACCCAGCGGUUCUCUUCAGAGGAGCUGGUGUCGUGGAACUUGCUGACUCGCACCAACAUUGAUUUCAAGUAUAUCAGUCUGAAGCUAACGCUGGUCUACGGCCUCGGCAUCUUUGUGAGAUACUGCAUCCUCGCCCCGCUCAGGAUAACUCUGGCGUGCAUCGGCCUCACCUGGCUGGUCAUAGGAACAUCUGCAGUUGGAUUACUUCCAAACUGGAGGAUGAAGUUCUGGCUGAGUGAGUGGGUCCAUGUGAUGUGCUACAGGAUCUGUGCUCGAGGACUCUCUGCCACCAUCUGCUAUCACAACAGGGAGAAUAAACCCCAAAAAGGAGGAAUCUGCGUUGCCAAUCACACCUCUCCUAUUGACAUUGUGAUUCUCUGCAACGAUGGGUGCUACGCCAUGGUGGGUCAAAUACACGGAGGUUUGAUGGGAGUCUGCCAGAGAGCCAUGGUGAGGUCGUGUCCUCAUGUCUGGUUUGAGCGAGCAGAGAUGAAAGAUCGCCAUCUAGUGACCAAAAGGUUGACGGAUCAUGUGAACGACAAGACAAAGCUUCCCAUAUUGAUAUUUCCAGAGGGAACAUGUGUCAACAACACAUCUGUCAUGAUGUUUAAAAAGGGAAGUUUUGAAAUUGGAGCGACGAUAUAUCCAGUAGCCAUUAAGUAUGACCCAAAGUUUGGCGAUGCUUUCUGGAACAGUUCCAAGUACAGCAUGGUCAGCUACCUGCUGAGGAUGAUGACCAGCUGGGCCCUCGUCUGUAAUGUCUGGUACCUGCCGGCCAUGCACCAGCAGGAGGGGGAAGAUGCUGUCCAGUUUGCCAACAGAGUAAAGUCGGCCAUCGCUCAUCAGGGAGGGCUGGUAGAUCUGCAGUGGGAUGGAGGUCUGAAGAGAGGAAAGGUGAAGGAGUCGUUCAAAGAGGAGCAGCAGAAGCAGUACAGCGACAUGGUGGUGGGAGACGACAGCAGCAGCAACAGUGACUGAGAUGACCCCAGCCCUGUGGAGAUUAUACACUGGAAACAGACCUCUCUCCUCCAGUACGCUCCCGUCAGCUGGACCUGAUACUGCCCCAAGUGGACUAUUAAACACACUGUGAAACCUCAGGUACAGCUAAAAGGAUGGAAAGUCACAGAAUACACAAGUGCAAUAUUGAACUUUAUGAGGAGCAGACGGUGAAAAGGGAAAGCUCUCUCUGUACUACUGCUGCUGAAGAAACUGUUGUGAUUGAAUGUAAUGCAUGAAUGUCUCACACUCAGUCGACUCAUUCAUGUGCUGUUCGUUGUUUUUUAAAAUAAAUUUUAGUUUACAAUUUGCAAUAUGCAAAAAGAACCUGGAGGUAUUUUGUAGUUGUACUGUUUUAUAACAUAACAUGACACAUUAUUUAAUUCAUAUAACAGAUUCUAAGACACAACGGUGAUUUAAGCAUUUAAAUAUUCUUGCAGCGUUGUACUGCAACAUCAUUAACACUGAUACGCACACAUAAAACAUCACUUAACCUGUUUGAACACUCUUCUGUUAUUUAAUUUAACACUGAUAGGUUUUAGUGGUUCAAAAAGGAACGUUUUUGCACGAUGCUUUUGGUAACGUUUGACCCCUCACCCUUUUUUUUUCACACAACUGCAAAGGAUCACAAGUACCACAAGGGUUUGGCACUUAAAUAAUACAUGAUGAUGAUGUUGAGUGUGAAAGAUAGUUCAUUAAAUGUCCACAUGUGAUGUGAUGGUCUCAAAGGACAACACACAGCUGAGACUUUUGGGAUUUCUGUCCACUGUUUCCUGAAGUGUGCUCCUCACUGCUGACACUUUUCUCUGGGUUCACCUCUUUGGCUCCUUAAAGCAAAUUAAAGAAGGAUGUUUGGCUAUUAAAAGUUGAAUCAGAAUCAAUCCUGAUAUUUAUUUUGCUUCAAAUUGUUCUCACCAUCCUUCUCAUUAUCACUCUUUGGAUCUGUGUUGACCUGGACGACCUGUGUAACAACAAACAUAAUCACAUUGUGCCUUUAAACCAGUCAGAUAAGAGCCUCUACUUGAUGUCAGUACUCACCUGUAACAGGUUACGUUUGUUAAUCUUCCUCUGUUUGAGUUCCUCAUAUCUGCAAAUAUACACGAUGAAAAUAAGUUUACAUGCCAAGAAACUCAGCUGAGUCUAUAUGUGUUGUGGAGCGCAGCCAGAGCGUUCUUUAACAUGUGACUUCCUGUCUCUUCUUCCUUUUAGUGAACCAGCCGGCAGAAACAAACGGUUCAGUGAAAUAUUUAUGAGCCUGAUUAGUGCCUCACAUCUGUGUCUCCCUCUGCACAGUUCAGAUGACAAACAGGUUGCUGUUGAUUCAGACCAGCAGUGUUUAAAUGAAGCUGCUUUCAUCUCUCGGCAAUAAAACUGCUCUGUGAUAAAU